GGGAGUGCGCGCAAUGUCGGCGGUGGCGCCCGCGGGCCCCGGGGCCGCUGUCUCGGUGCCGAGCGCCGGUAACGGUCCCAUCGUGCCAUCUCCGGUCUUCGCCCUGCCGACACUCUCCUUCACCGUCGGCCAGGUGGCCACGGUAUGCGAGACUCUCGAGGAGUCCGGCGACAUCGACCGGCUCGCGCGCUUCCUCUGGAGUCUACCCGUCGCCCACCCGAACGUCCAAGAGCUGAAUCAGAGCGAGGCCGUCCUGAGAGCCCGAGCCAUCGUCGCCUUCCAUUGGGGCAACUAUCGCGAGCUCUACGCGAUCCUUGAGAGGCACAAGUUCACCAAGGACUCGCACGGCAAGCUCCAGGCAAUGUGGCUCGAGGCUCAUUAUAAGGAGGCGGAGAAACUACGUGGCAGGUCUCUCGGGCCCGUGGACAAGUAUCGCGUGCGCAAAAAGUACCCGCUGCCCCGCACGAUAUGGGACGGCGAGCAGAAAACCCACUGCUUCAAGGAGAGGACCAGGUCCCUCCUGAGAGAGUGGUACCUACAGGAUCCCUAUCCAAACCCCGGCAAGAAGCGCGAACUCGCUGCGGCCACGGGACUCACGCCCACGCAGGUCGGCAACUGGUUCAAGAAUCGUAGGCAGAGGGACAGAGCGGCCGCCGCUAAAAACAGGUAA